CCACCUGUUCCAUAAAAUUCCUCAGAGAACAACAAUGAAGACCACAUCGAUCCUGUCGCUCCUCUUCAUCCUCCUCUGCUCCGCUGCUUUCUCUGCUCACGCCGCUAGGAGUUUAACCGCCUUCCUGCCUCCGCCCAAGCCUUCGAUUCUCCCUCCCAUUCCCUUCCUGCCGCCAAAGCCCUCGCUGCUGCAGCCUUCUUCGCUUCUGCCUCCGUUCCCCUUCCUGCCGCCCAACCCACUGCUGCCACCGGCGUCUAUUCUCCCUCCGAUUCCCUUCCUGCCGCCGUCGAUCCCAUCACUUCUGCCGCCCAACCCACUGUUGCCUCCCUCGACGCCGUCACUUCUGCCUCCGAUUCCGUUCUUACCGCCCCUUCCUGGGAUCCCCGGCGUGCAGGCGCCCUGAAGGCAGUUACGCAGAUGCUCGCUCGCCAUGCACGUGCAUGUAUGAAGCCUAAUAAUGAACACUUAAUUUCUACGAAGGGAAUAAAUUACCAGUUCAACUUUUGUUCAAUGUAUUGGGUUUGUAUCUUGUUCUAAUAAAGUGGGUUUAACUAAAAAAAACUUA